UGGAGAGAUACCGUGGGACUGGUCAUAUGCAUGCAUGUCCAGAGUAGGGAGAGAUUAUCUGUGAGGUGUAGCCCUGAGUUUAGGGUGUCCAAGAGUGAUCUCUAGAGCUAGCUUGGUGCUGCAGUUGACCUAUGAGUGAAUGGUGUUGGCUAGUCUGCUGGCUGCUGGCUGCAAAAACUGGGCUUCGAAGUGUGGUGGGCUCAGAGGCCCCGUUGUCUCCAGACCUCCAUCCUGUCUGGAAGCCAGCAUUGGCAAAGUGGCCUCCUCAGCCAGCAGCUCCAGGAGGGCCUGAGGUUUGAGAAGAGACAAAAAAUAAACAGGGUGUGGAGCUUUCUGAACUUGAGUCCAAGGUCCAGGUUCUGAGUCAAUGCUAUCCUCAGCCAGCUCAGUGAGGUCCACAGAUUCACUUUGCUAUGAGUGGGGGCAUUUCCCGGCCAGACCCCCUCCCUAGUGUAUCCAGGCUUGCCUCUCCUAAGCACAAUCUGCCAGGCCUCCUGCAGCAAGCCCAGCUCAACUGUCCAGGCCCCAAGGAUGAAAGGUGUGCCAGUCCCAUCCAUCCUGAGACUACCCCUAAAGUCAGUUCUGGAGUAAUCUAUUGCUAUGGGGAAUGAGGAAGAGCUCAGGAUGAGGACUGAAAGUUGGGGUAACCCUCUAGCAAGCCAGUCCUCGCUUGGAGCCAAAAAGGUCCAUUUCUAGUGAUCGGUGGAGGAAUAAGACUGGACGAGAGCUAGUCUCUUGCCAGCACAAUCUGAGAGUUCAAUAGCUUCUGAUACACUGUUGCAUCUUCCGCUUGCCUUUCUAGUAACACAGUUAACUUUGCUAGCGCUCUGGACUAGCUAAGCGCAGAUCUCUGGCCUUGCUCCCACCUUUUCCAUAGCUGUAUUUAGGCUGGGCGUAGAGUGCCAGUCUGCUCCUUCCCAGCUGCUGGGGGAAUCUGAACCCUUCCUUCCAGCCUGGUGCCAAUGCCAGAGUCACUGACAGGGUGGAGGAGCCCCAGGGAGGUCUAACCCAGCUGUCAGCACCAAUGAUGGAUGAGGGGGUACAUUAUAGGGAGACCCAGAGGACCAGGCGCCUGUUCUGCUCCAGGGCGGAACCCCUGGACUGGCCUCCUGGGGUCUACAAGCAGAGUCUCUGCCCCUCACAGCUGGGGACCUGAGUGAGGGAGUAUCCCAGUAAGGCUGCUUAAAGGCCCAAAGGGUGCCGAGCCUUUGUACUCCCUGGACAUCAUGGGCAUUAGAGUCUCUCCCGUUGCCUUCUUCCUGCUCUGCCUGACUUCUGAGAGCUUGCAAGGCGGACUUCCCCGACUCCCUCCUAACUUGGGGAAAGGCUACAGCCCCUCCAGUGGACUGGGAACAGCCUUUGGAGGAGAUGCUAAGCCUCAAAAGUCAGGCUCUCUAACUCAAAAUGGCUAUGGAACAGGCGUUGGAGGUGGUAUGGAACCUCCAAAGCCAGGCUUUGGAGGGAAGGUGAAGCCCCAGAAAUCAGGAUAUGGGCCUGGGCUAGGAGCUGGAGCCUUUCCAGGAGUGGGAGGAGCUCAGCCAGCACCUGCACCUCAGAAUGGCUAUGGACCAGGUACUGGAGAGGGCAUGAAAGCUCCAAAGCCAGGGCCUCCAGCUCAGAAUGGUCAUGGACCAGGUACCGGAGAAGGCAUGAAACCUCCAAAGCCAGGGUUCAGCAAUGGGAAUGGAAUAGGAGCUGGAGCCUUCCCAGGAAUUGGAGCCCAGCCAGGCUUGGGAGCUGGCAUGAAGCCUCAGAAGCCAGGAUUUGGCAAUGGAAACACCCUGGGGUCCCAGCCAGGUCCUGCAGUUCAGAAUGGCUUUGGAGCAGACUUUGGAGGAGUUGGGAAAGCCCAGAAGCCAGGACUUGGGAAUGGAAAUGGGCAGGGAGCCGGGGCCUUCCUGGGAACUGGAGCCCAGCCAGGCCUUGGAGGAGGACUAAGACCCCAGAAGCCAGGCUACGAAGGUGUGAAGCCUCAGAAACCAGGAUUCGGAAACGGGAAUGGAUUUGGCCUGGGAGCCCAGCCAGGGCCUCCAGCUCAGAAUGGUCAUGGACCAGGUACCGGAGAAGGCAUGAAACCUCCAAAGCCAGGGUUCAGCAAUGGGAAUGGAAUAGGAGCUGGAGCCUUCCCAGAAAUUGGAGCCCAGCCAGGUUUUGGAGAAGGCAGGAAACCCCAGAAGCCAGGAUAUGGGAACGGAAAUGGACUGGAUGCCCUACCAGGUUAUGGGCCAGAAUUGAAGGCUCAGAAACUAGGAUUAUGGAAUGGCCGUGGGCUUGGAAUCCAGCUGGGGUACAGAAAUGGGCUGGGACCUAGAGCCUUCCAAGGCCAGGGACCACAGCCAGGUAGGGGAAACAAGCCAUCUCAGGCACAGAUGGUCCUGGGAAGGGGCAGGAACAAGGUGGGGUCCCCAUACCCUGUUCAUCUCACCUCAGGACUGGGAAAGGCUGGGAAACUUCUUAAGCCAGGUGAAGUCCUUUCUGUCUCUCUCCCUGCCCCCCCCCUUGGUAUCCCUACCCCUAAUGUCAGCCCCACCCUCAUAGCCUUCCUUCCUCUCAGGGUACAUGACAGGGAACAGGCUAGGGAUCCCACCAGGCCUGGAGGCUGGUAUGAAACCUCCAAAGACAGGCAAGUGACCCUGCCUCUCCCUUACCCCCUUUCUUCUCCAGGAUACAACAAUGGAAAUGGCAUGGCAGCCCAGCCGGGUCCCUGCCACCGUGGCCUUUCUCCAGCAAAGUUCCUCCCCAGGCCUCCCACCACAGUCCCUUCAGCUAAAGGAGGUGGCUGGAGCCUGAAAUCCCAGCUCCCACCCCCAGUGCAGAAUGCACCAACCCCAGCCAUCCAGUGGGGACCGAAGCCUCAGAAAGCUGGUUACCAGCCCUUCAAUGGCUACGGAGCUGGAGCAAAACUGGGCUUCCGUGGUGGCCUCAAGCUGCAGAAAGUUGGUUUCCAUUAUGGAAAUGAAGCUGUGGACGCGGGAAUUUUGCCAGAGACCCUGCAGCCAGGAUUCCCCAGAGCCAAUGGCUUUAGGAAUGGACUCAGGGAGGAGACUCUUCUCUACCCUAAAGCCACAGUUCCAGCCCUUGAAAGACAUGGUCAGGCUGGAGCCUUCCAGCCCUGGGGGGCUGGAAUGAAGCCAGGAUAUGGAUAUGCAGGCCUUGGGAUCCAGGCAGGGCCCUAUGGGCAGCUGAAGCCAGAGCAGCUGAAGCACCUGGGGGAUCCUGAAGUAAAAACAUAUACCAACAGCCAGCUGGGAAAUGGCUACAGGGGACACUGUCCUUCUGGGAAAUGCUGAAUGGAGCCUAGCCCUGCCGACCCCAGGGUCUCUGCAUUAGAGCCUGGUCAGAGGAGCACAGCAGGAGGAUCAUGAGACUUGCCCAGGGCACUGCACUGCCCUGCCCCGGGUCUCCUCUGGGCUGAAGUAUUAAUAAAAGCCAUAUGAUUCCCCGUUUGCCUCUGCAUGCAGGGGAGGGAUGCUGACUUCAGGGAGGGCGGCACAUGGCGCCUCACUUCAUCUUUAUCUGCUCAUCAAGUGUGGCUCUGUGCCAGGGGUGGAUUCCAUAUGGAAGACAGCGAAACAGAUUUAAAACCUGUCCCUAGGGAGGGGUGUUGUUUGAUCAUAGUCUAGUGGAGAAACAAAACAAAACAAAACAAACCACCCACGCCCAGUGUUUCGACUGGCAUGUACCUCAGUACUGCCUAGAAUGCUGGAGACUCUGGGUGUGAGCUCCAGUUCUGAAAAAGGAAGACCUACCUCUAAAUGGUGUCACAUUCUGAGGUCCUGGAGGAGUCUAGGAUGUAGGGAGCUUUUUGUUUUUUUACCUUGCAAAAGAAUGUUUUAUAGCUUGUUUCAAUUUGUAAUCCAUUUGCUAACGUUGUUAAAGAGGCUGGGUGUGA